UGUGCAGUCAAGUUGCCAGACGUACGGCGAGCCCAUGGAUAAGCGACCUCCAAAAACAUGACUACACAAUACAAUUUAGUCUUUUAAGGAUGCCACGGGGUGUUGUUCGUUGUCUAGCUGGUUUUGCACAUAUAAGUCAUCAAGUAUUCGCCUGCAGAGUAUAUUAUGUUACAUCCUGAUGCCAGACUCCUGGUGUUCAAAUAUAUCCACCCGUUUUAUUCCGUCCGCCUGUGUCUCCCUUCCAAGAAGCUACCGCUUCCUUUCCUUCCGUUCUCCCCAUCUGCCAAGGUGUGCCCAGGAUAACUUGCUGGUUGUGGACUAAGAAGACCAAGGUUCCAGUCCUUAUGGUUGAGGGAGCCUGGCCUCGUCACUCUCGCUCUGCCUGACUCUACCUCACAAGGUUGCUGUGAGGGUCAAAAGUGCGACAGCCACGUACGCCGCGGUUAACCAAACUCGAGGAAAGCCUGGAUAGAAAUGGAAGUGAUCGAUGUGUCGCCUUAGUUCCGCUCUUGUUCCAUAAGCAGCCCGGGUCUUUUGCACGGCCGGAACCAUCGUUUCGGGGCGCCGGUUUCUAGCCGGACCCUUCCAGGCCUUUCCGCCUUUUCCCGCGCUAUGGCGGCGGCGCUGCCUGUUCUCUUCCUUGCUCUUCUUUUGUUCUGGCUAACUUUGUCCCGGUGGCUGCGACGCUACCGCGGCCCUAAGUGGGGUCGGGAAGGCCGGAGCCUAUUAACCGACGGACCACGGGCGGCGGCGGCCUCGUGGCGCGGUCCAGAUGAUGCGCCGCGCGCCUUGUUCGUGACGGCGCACCCUGAUGACGAAGCCAUGUUCUUCGCCCCCACCCUCCUCGGCUUGGCUGGAGCCGAGCGGUGGCUGCUCUGCGCUUCCACAGGAAAUUAUUACCAUCAAGGGCCUGUUCGUAAGAAGGAACUGCUGGAUAGCUGCGCCGUGUUGGGGAUCCCGUCUUCUCACGUGACGGUCAUCGACCACAGAGAUCUUCCAGACCAUCCUUCUGUGAAGUGGGAUGUACAGCUUCUCUCUUCCUUGAUCCUUAAGCAUGUGGAAACCAACCAAAUCGCUCUGAUAGUGACCUUCGACGCCGGGGGAGUCAGCGGUCACAUGAACCACGUCUCCCUGUACGCCGCCAUCAGGCACCUGCGCUCAAAGAGGAAGCUUCCGGAAGGCUGCCGCGUCCUGACCCUCGAGACAGUGAGCCUUUUCCGGAAGUACAUCUCGCUCCUGGACCUCCCCAUCAGCUGCCUCCAGAACCAGGAUGUGCUCUUUGUGCUGACGGAAGAGGAGGCUGAGGUGGCCCAGAGAGCCAUGAGGUGUCACCGCAGCCAGUUCAUGUGGUUCCGCCGCCUCUACGUGAUCUUCUCACGCUACAUGGUGGUCAACUCGCUUCGUUUCCUCUAAGGGGGGGGGAAAGGCCUUCUUCCAAGUCUUCCAAGAUGACCACAGAACAGCAGCGGAUGCAGCAUCGCGAGAGGUGUGGUUGCACUCCUGGCAACCUCUGUCUGAGCACUGGAUCGGGUGAGCUCACCCAAAAAGCUGCACCAAGAAUUCUGCCUCUCCUGUCUGGUUUCGCAGGUUCCCACCUUGAGCUGAUAAGAGGAAUCUGCCAGUUGCGUUUUUCUUGCCACGAUGGAAGCCGAAGGGACACAACCAUGGGUUUGCCUAAGUUCCUCUCAAGACCGGAAAGAGGAAACCUUGCAGCUUAACAUACUGGACAGGGAAGGAGCGAUUGGACCAGGACUUUUCAGAUAUUGAAUGUUUUUUAAAAAAAACUAAAACUUGAAAUAAUGACAAAAACCAUUAAACAUGGGCGGACCAAUUACCCUGUGCUUUUCCCCCUGCCUUGCUUAGCUGAGGUCCUUAACGCAGACGUGGGAAACAUUUGUGUGGCAGAUGUUUCUGAACUGUACUCUCUUCAGCCCCAGCCAGUGCAGCUAAUGGGGGAGGGAUGAUGGGGUUUGUAGUCCAGGGACACCCUCAGGAAGACCACACACUUUCCCUCAUUUGGCUCAUCUCACCGGUUUGUUGUGAAGAUCAAACAGGAGUGUUUUUCCCCACACACCACUGCUU